AAUGUCAGUUGUCAGCGAUGCAGAAGUAAAGGAAGGAAAUUUCAAAUUUGCUAAAGUUUGAUUUUAAGUUUAGAUGGUUUUGAGCUUAAUAAAAUUACAUUACGUCAUGAUUAGAACAGGAAAAUCAUUCAUGUAAACACAUAAACAAUAUCUAAAGUGUGCCUAAGUAUUUUAUGAAGUGAACUUGCGUGUUAGUGAUGUUGGCUAAAUCUCUGUUAGUUGUUUAUUAUUUAUUUCAACUAUCUUUUUGUAAAUAUGUUGGAGACUCAUGCCGGCCGAGCGCCGACACCGUGGAGGGGACAUGCAACCUCGUCACUGAUUGUGAAGUGGCACUGAGUUUAAUAAGGAAAACCGGCAGACAUAACUACAACCGAUGUGGAUUCGCUGGUGGCACUGAGAUUGUAUGUUGCCCGAAGACUACAGAAAGAUUUGGAGGUAUUACAGAAACCUCGUCAGGGCCGACUCGCAUGGCUCAGAGGGUGGCAGAUAGAGAAUGCAAGAAAAUAGUGGAAAACAGCAUACCACCCUUGGGCCAAUACAUCAUCGGUGGGGAAGUGGCUGCUCUUGGGGAAUUCCCUCACAUGGUGGGCAUAGGCUUCGAGCGCGGCGACGGCAUAGUGUUCGACUGCGGGGGCUCGCUGGUGGCGGCGCGCUGGGUGCUGACGGCGGCGCACUGCGUCGAGACACGAGACAGGAUAGCGCCGACCGUGGUCCGGCUGGGCGUGGUGGAGAUCGGCGACAAGACGUUCACGUCCGAGACGGACGUCCGGAUAGCGGACAUCCGCACGCACCCCAACUACACCGUGCAGGAGAAGUACCACGACCUGGCGCUGCUGCGACUAGAGAAAGCAGUGGAGACGAGCGCGACUCUGAACCCGGCCUGUUUGUACACGCAGCCCGAGGACCCCUCCAUAGCACUCACGGUGACGGGGUGGGGGCUAGUCAGCAACAUGAUGGACAAACGCAGCGCGGUUCUGCUAAAGGCUAACGUGACGACGGUGCCGCUCGCCUCCUGUUCCGAACACUACAGCACCCCGCAAUGGAGGAAGCUGCCGCGCGGCAUCGCUCCCGAGCAGCUGUGCGCCGGCGACCCGGAGGGCAAGCGCGACGCCUGCCAGGGUGACUCUGGCGGGCCGCUGCAAGGUCUGACGUCACGCGACGGGCAGUACCGUAUCGUCGGCAUCACGUCUUUCGGACGCGGUUGCGGGUCCAAAGUACCAGGCAUCUACACUCGAGUGUACAACUACGUGGAUUGGAUAGAGAGCGUCGUGUGGCCCAAUCAGCGGUAGCCACGUCUGUGCGGCAUGCACUCGGCCAAUCACAGCCGUGCGGCGCGCGCUCGGCCAAUCAUAGCCGUGCGGCUCUCACGUUAUGAUAGGUGGUGCUAGGUUAAUGAUGCAGUAGGUUAUUUUAUUAUUAAGGGUUUUUUAUUGUUGUUGUAUGGAUAUCUAUUUAUACCCUUAUUUUAAAACGCAGACCAAACUAGACCGGUUAUAGUCCAGAAAAUUCAUACAAUCAGUAGUCUAAAUCCGGGCUUAAACCUAAACUAUGUUUAGUCUUAGUUUUGUAAUAAGGAUGUAAGAGUUUUAUAUAUUUGUAUGUCAUUUAAGCCCCGCUCAUGGGGAAAGUAUGUGAAAAGUUACAAUAUCUCAGGGGCCUAUGUGACGAAAAAUCAAGUUUCGGAGCCAGGCCACGACUCUAUCUCGUUGUAUUAAAAUAACCGAUUGCACGACAGCUCUCGUUCGUUCCUUUUUCGUCAGUAACCCUCCAGUUACUCUUCUAGGGCAAUCUAAUUCCAUGACAAUAUUCAAAAUACUUCAUUAUUUAAAUAUUUUGUCACAAAUAGCUGUUGUGGUUGUAUAUUUGAAAUUAAUUCUCGAUUUUUUGCGAAUUAUGUAAGUACUUACUUAAUAAUUAAUUUAUAGAGAAAGCAAAAUUUAUAAAACCGAACUAUGUCAUUGUUUUGUGCCUGUUUCUUUGACUGAGCAACAUCAUGCUUAAUCGUUGUAACUAAUAUAAUACUCAUUUAUUUAAGUACUGAUCAAAAGGGACUGACUUUACUGCUGCCAGAUGUGCAAGCAUAAAACAACAUUGCAUUGUCCAAAGGCCUAAAAGUCCGAAAGCAAUA